CUUACCACCGUGCCAAAGAAUUGCACGGAGGAAAACGAGGGAGGGACACGAAUCGGGUGAUAGUCGUUGCAACACUCUCACCCGGGCACUGACGAGGAAGAAGAGAGGGGAAUAGAUGACAGGUCAAAGUUUUAAGAAAGGGAGAGGCAAGCAGCAGGAGAAUCAUGCCUUUCUGAAGGAGUCCUCGCGAGUUCGAGUUGGGAAAAUCCUUGAAGCGUUCCGCGAAUCCGAUGGAGAAGUUUACACAUUUGAACCUGAUUUAUCAAAAAAAGAGCGGGCAGCAGUUCAUGAAAUGUGCAGAAAAAUGGGAAUGAUAUCAAGAAGCUCUGGAAAUGGUGCCAAUCGCCGUCUUUCAGUUUACAAAAGCAAAAAGAAGCAGAAAAACAACAAGGAAGAAGAGUUGGUUACCUCUCUGUGCUUUUCUGAAGAGUCAAAAGCUGUGAUUCAAGAUAUUUUUAUACGCUAUCCACCUGAUUCUGGAGAAUUAAGUGAAAAUAUUUUACAAAACUGUAGCAAUGCAGUUUAUAGUGCGCAUUGGAAGCAGGAUAUUUGCUUUUCAAGGCCUUCAAUAUGUAAGGAUGAAAUUAAAAAGAAAAUGGAGCUGCUUGCAUUAAGGAAGAAUGAUGACUCAAACUUUAGAAAGACUGCAGAAGAUAUAGCUAAACUUCCGAUUGCAUCCUAUGUGAAUGCUAUAACAUCAGCUUUGGAAGCUCACCAGGUGGUACUGAUAUCUGGUGAGACUGGUUGCGGUAAAACUACUCAGGUUCCUCAGUAUAUUUUGGAUCACAUGUGGAGUAAAGCCGAGACAUGUAAAGUUGUGUGCACACAACCAAGGCGUAUUUCAGCUAUUUCAGUUGCCGAGAGGAUCUCAUAUGAAAGGGGAGAAGCUGUUGGAGAAACUGUUGGUUAUAAGAUAAGGUUCGAGUCCAAAGGUGGGAAAAAUUCUUCAAUAAUGUUCUGCACAAAUGGCAUUCUUUUGAGAUUACUAAUUGGCAGAGGUGCAAAUGCAUCGGAGAUGGCAAAGAAAAAGGGAUCAAAAAAGGACACUCUUCUCGAGAUAACCCACAUAAUAGUGGACGAGAUUCAUGAGCGAGAGAGGUUUUGUGAUGUAUUGCUGGUAAUUCUCAGGGAUUUGCUGCCUGCUUAUCCUCAUCUACGUUUGAUUCUCAUGAGCGCCACGAUUGAUGUGGAGCGAUUUUCACAAUACUUCAGUGGCUGUCCUGUCAUUCAGGUUCCAGGAUUUACAUACCCUGUGAAGACUUAUUUUUUGGAAGAUGUGCUAUCUAUUUUAAGAUUAACAGAUGAGAAUCACUUAUUUACUGCUGCCCUUAGUAGCGUGGAGGAGGUUGUUCCAUUAACAGAAGAGUACAAGACCGCCCUUGAUGAGUCAAUUAAUUUGGCUUUAUUUAAUGAUGAAUUGGAGCCUUUACUGGAAAUAAUUAGAACCCAGCAAAACCCCCAAGUUUUCUCCUACCAACACUCUUUGACUGGAGUGUCACCAUUGAUGGUGCUUUCUGGCAAAGGUAGAGUUGGUGAUGUUUGUAUGAUGCUUUCAUUUGGUGCCGACUGCUCUUUGACUAACAAUGAGGGAAAGUCAGCCAUGGAUUGCGCUCGGCAAGAAAAUCAGCUCCAGAUCUGUGAAAUCAUUGAAAGACACAUGGAAAAAGAUGUGUCCAAAUCAGCCGAAGAGGAGGACCUACUGAACAACUACCUAGCAAGUAUCAAUCCUGAAAAUAUUGAUACGGUUCUAAUAGAGCGUUUGUUAAAAAGGAUAUGUACCGAUUCUAGUGAAGGGGCUAUCUUAGUGUUUCUUGCUGGAUGGGCUGAUAUCAAUCAAACUAGAGAAAGGCUACUUGCUUCAGGGCUUUUUAAAGAUUCCUCAAAGUUCAUGAUACUUUCUCUCCAUUCCAUGAUUCCAAUCGUAGAGCAAAAGAAGGUUUUCAAGCAUCCUCCUCAAGGCGUCCGAAAAAUUAUUCUUUCUACGAAUAUUGCUGAGACUGCAAUUACUAUUGAUGAUGUUGUUUAUGUUAUAGACUCUGGUCGAAUGAAAGAGAAAAGCUAUGAUCCUUACAGCAAUGUAUCAACAUUCCACGCUUCAUGGAUUUCAAAAGCUAGUGCUAAGCAGCGGGAGGGGCGUGCUGGUCGUUGCCAGCCGGGAAUUUGUUAUCAUCUCUAUUCUAAAGUCCGUGCUGCUGCUUUGCCAGAUUACCAGGUUCCAGAAAUUAAACGAAUGCCAGUUGAAGAAUUGUGUUUGCAGGUUAAACUGCUUAAUCCAAAUUAUAGUUUAAUUGAGUUCCUUCAGAAAACCUUGGACCCUCCUGUCAUUGAGACGAUAAGAAAUGCAGUCAUUGUUCUUCAAGAUAUUGGAGCCUUAACCGAGGAUGAACAGCUUACAGAACUCGGGGAAAAACUUGGUGCUCUUCCUGUUCAUCCUUCAACAAGCAAGAUGCUUCUGUUUGCUAUCUUGAUGAAUUGUCUUGAUCCAGCUUUAACUCUAGCUUGUGCCACUGACUACAGAGAGCCCUUUCUUCUUCCAAUGGAUCCAGAUGAGAAAAAGAAAGCAGGUGCAGCCAAAGUUGAGCUGGCUUCAUUAUAUGGUGGUUACAGUGAUCAACUUGCUGUUGUAGCAGCAUUUGAAUGUUGGAAGAAUGCAAAGCACAGCGGUGAAGAAUCACAAUUUUGCUCCAGGUAUUUUGUUUCAUUAAGUACCAUGAAUAUGUUACAGAACAUGCGAAAACAGCUUCAGAAUGAACUUAUGAAGGCUGGCUUUAUUCCUGAAGAUAUGUCUGGCUGUAGCUUAAAUGCCCAAGACCCAGGUAUCUUGAGAGCAGUGCUCGUGGCUGGAACAUAUCCAAUGGUGGCAAGGUUUCUCACUCAGAAAAAAAAUAAUAAAAGUGCAAUUGUGGAGACUGCUAGUGGUUUUAAAGUUUUUUUGCAUCCUCAUUCCUCCAAUUUCAAAUUGUCUUUUGCAAAAUCUGCUGUCAGUCCAAUUAUUGUCUAUGAUGAGAUAACUCGUGGGGAUGGAGGCUUAUUUAUAAAGAACAGUUCUGUUGUUUCGCCUUAUUCAUUAUUAUUGCUUGCUGUGGAGAUGGCUGUUGCUCCUGCACGUGAAACAUAUGGGGACGGUGAGAAGGAUUCAGACACGUCAAGUGGAGAGGAAGAAGAUAUGGAUGUGAAAGCAUCAUCAGAGCAGCAUAAAAACCAACUCAUGUCAUCUCCUGAUAAUGCUGUCACGAUUGUUAUAGAUAGAUGGUUAAAAUUUUCUUGGACUGCUCUUGAUGUUGCCCAGAUUUACUGCUUGCGUGAGCGAUUAGCAGAAGCUGUGCUGUUCAAGGUGAAGAAACCACGGGCAAUUCUCCCGCCGGCACUUGGAGCCUCCAUGCAUGCAAUUGCUUGCAUCCUCUCAUAUGAUGGGCACCCCCACAUAUUAGCUUUAGAUGAAUCCAUUGAUCCUCAGGAAGCAAUGUGGGAGCCUACUGACUUGAACAUACAGAGUCGGGAAAGAAAAGUUGGAGCGGUCACUCCCAGUAGAUACUUGAAGUCACUGUUUUCGAAUUAUGGCAGGCAAACCUCAGUAAACUUUAACAGGCUCCAUGUAUCGGCUUCCCCGCUCAUGUCAAUGCCUGCUUCUACUUCCUCCGCACCGAAGGUUCCUCUGCCGAGGAUAACUUCUGCAAAAGCUCGAGAUCAUGGCAGUCAUCCUAUUCCGAAGAAAAAAUUAUUUAAACGCCGCCGAGGUAAGUUGGGAGGAGCACCCAGGUGAUGACAACAGGCCAUGCGGGCUGAAGCUAUUUCUCGUGGUUUCUUUCUUUGGCAUAAGAUGCUGCAUGUACGCCUCUGUGUAUUGUAAUGCCGUUGGCUUAUGAUGCUACUUAACGUCGUCAAGGGUUUUGGAUCUGAAUGACCUUUUUCUGUUACAUAAUCUUCCUAAGAUAAGAAAUUAGGCUUUUUGAUUUUAAA